UCCACCGAUGGGAUUAUUGGAAAGUUUUUUAUGGAACGUUUAAUUAAAUUAUAAUAGUUGUUUAUUUGGUGCACACACAAAAGCGGUUGCAAGCGCACACAGUGUAGCACCGAACACCGGACUGAGCCCGAAAACAGCAGAAAUCUCUGAAUUUUCUCGAAACCCAUCCGCCCGCAUACCGUGGCAACAAAAACAACUGCAGCGGCCAGCGAGCACACAAAGAGAGGACAGCACACAAGUCCACGCAUCGCACUACGACCAACGCAAAACCCGUUUCCCGUGCGCCUCUUUAUUCGAUUUGCAUUGUAGCACCCCCCGCCCCCCGCGGACUGUGCUGCGGCGGUAUUGGUGCCACACUAAGGGGCGUCUAUAGCUUCUAUCGAACUCGCGAGUGAACUGCAUUAUGAUGGUGGAGUCCGACGGUACUGCCGAUGCCACUCGCCGCCUCAACGUGAAGAAACAAACGCUGGACGAUGCGUACGCGGUGCCCGCCAACUUCCUCGAAAUCGAUGUGGUCAAUCCACUGACCACCAUGGCGGCGGGCAAGAAGCGCUAUACGGACUACGAAGUUCGCAUGCGGACAAACUUGCCGGUCUUCAAGGUGAAGGAAUCGAGCGUGAGACGGCGCUACAGCGACUUUGAAUGGCUAAGAAACGAACUGGAAAGGGACAGCAAGAUUGUGGUGCCGCCACUGCCGGGUAAGGCCUGGAAGCGGCAGAUGCCGUUCCGCGGUGACGAAGGCAUCUUCGACGAGAGCUUCAUCGAGGAGCGUCGCAAGGGCCUGGAGGCGUUCAUCAACAAGAUAGCCGGUCAUCCGCUGGCGCAGAACGAGCGGUGUCUGCACAUGUUCCUCCAGGAGAACGUCAUCGACAAGAACUAUGUGCCGGGCAAGAUUCGCAACACAUAAGGAGACGACGACGACAACAAAAACAACA